AAUGACCUAAAGAUAACGGCGACAAGCUGUUAAGUUUUAGGGUUUCGUCCAUUUUGUGUGCUCCCCGUGAAGGAGCACACGUAGCUACAAACAAGGCCAGAGAGGUGGGGGGAUGGAUCGAAUUUCCUGGGCAUUCCAAUGUCCACUGGAAUCUCUACGCGUACGGAAUCGUACGGCCCGGACGACGCUCUUGCUUCUUCUUUGCGGCUGUUCCUUCUUCUUCCGCUCGUCGUCACAGAGCGAUGAUGUUAGAACGCUCGACGUUGGUCGGGAGAGGCUGGGGGAGAUUUUACCCCUGGCGGCGAUGGGUAGCGCCGUGUAUCAAGUCCGAGGCCUGGAUCCUGCUCACGACUAUGAGAUCAAAGUCUCGUACCCGGCCUCCGUACCAGCAGCAUUCUCGCUCACGCUCUUGCACAGCCGCCGUUCCUCCGGUACUACUAGACGACUGCUCAACGUUGAAAAAAUCAUUUUUCCUGCUCGCGAGCACCUGAUCCUGGACGAGGGGUCUCACAAAGUUUUUGUUCGCGUCUCGGUCAAGCCCGCGGGGGUAAUCGCCAAGAGGAACUUCAAGGAGCAGGAGUUUAUCGUAUAUAACAUAAUGUGCGAGCGAGUGUUCUUCAGUGGGAUCCCUGAGCAAGCCUGGUGGAUAGGAUUUUUGGCAACUGGAGCGCUUCUCUUUUCAUAUUUCCUAGCAAAUAUCCUGCCACAUUUACUGUUCGGCACAACAGCUAAGUCGGCACAGAAUUAAGCUUUCUCGCUACAAAAUGGUGCAGAAAUACAAAACCUUGAUAAUCCUCGGGCAUAUCGGUCAGUCGGAGCUUUCGUCAUCGGCAGUCGAGCCACCAGCGUUACCCUUGUUGUACCCCUGCAUUUGCUUGGUGUACCGUUCCUUGUCAACACGAGCCUGAGAUUCGAAUGGCUCUUUCUCA